CAGUAGACAGAUAAGUGCGUCUGAGAGACUGCAGGCAUCUCUGUGAUCUCCGGGCUCAAGGCUGCACUCGGCGCACUACACAGCGAACUACAGCGCAUCAUUACCGGAUAGGCAAAGGAUCACUGUGUGUCUAUGACUUUUUUCCAGCUCUUGUAGCCGUUUCCCCCUUCUUUCCCCGUGCACUUUAAUUGGAGAAGCUCGCCAAGAUGAUGUCCAUGAACAGCAAACAGCCGCACUUCGCCAUGCAUCCCUCUUUACCCGAACACAAGUAUACCACCCUGCAUUCCAGCUCGGAAGCUAUAAGGAGAGCCUGUCUACAAACUCCACAGCUGCAGAGUAACAUAUUCGCGAGCUUGGAUGAGACCCUGCUGGCCCGGGCUGAGGCUCUGGCGGCCGUGGACAUCGCCGUGUCCCAGGGCAAGACGCACCCGUUCAAGCCCGACGCCACCUACCACACGAUGAGCACGGUGCCAUGCUCGUCCACCUCCACCGUCCCGCUGGCCCACCACCACCAUCACCACCACCACCACCACCACCAGAACCUGGAGCCCCCGGACAUCAUGGACCACAUCACCUCGCCGUCCCUCACCCUCAUGUCCAGCGCGCACGACGGGACGGGCGGAGGAGGCGGCGGCGGCGGCGGAGGUGGCGGCGGAGGGCUCAUCUCCACCUCCUCUGCCCACCCGCACUCCCACAUGCACGGCUUGGGCCACCUGUCCCACCAGGCUAUGAGCAUGAACUCGCCUCUCACCCACCACGGGCUGUUACCGGGCCAUCACGGGGGAGGCCAGGGCGGCCCGGGGCUCACGAACACCGGACUCCCCUCCAUCAAUGACUCGGAUACAGACCCAAGGGAGCUGGAGGCUUUCGCGGAGCGCUUCAAGCAGCGGAGGAUCAAGCUGGGGGUCACCCAGGCGGACGUGGGCGGCGCCCUGGCUAAUCUGAAAAUCCCCGGCGUGGGAUCACUGAGCCAAAGUACAAUUUGUCGAUUCGAGUCCUUAACUCUCUCCCACAACAACAUGAUUGCGCUCAAACCCAUCCUGCAGGCCUGGCUGGAGGAGGCCGAGGGGGCCCAGAGGGAGAAAAUGAGCAAACCUGACAUUUUCAACGGAGGGGAAAAGAAACGCAAGCGGACCUCCAUAGCGGCCCCGGAAAAGAGGUCUUUGGAGGCGUACUUCGCCGUGCAGCCUCGGCCGUCGUCCGAGAAAAUAGCAGCUAUCGCUGAGAAGUUGGACCUGAAAAAAAAUGUGGUGCGAGUGUGGUUUUGUAACCAAAGACAGAAGCAGAAGAGGUUGAAAUUUUCCGCUGCUCACUGAUGACAAACACAAAAAGAA